AUGCUAUUAUUCUCGUUUUUCAAAACUCUGGUAGACCAUGAAGUUACCGUGGAACUAAAGAAUGACAUUACCCUAACAGGCACCUUAAAAUCGGUUGACCAAUUUUUGAACCUAAAGCUAGACAACAUUUCAUGCAAUAAUAACGAGAAGUAUCCUCAUCUCACAAGUGUAAGGAACAUGUUUAUUAGAGGUUCUACUGUAAGAUACGUCUAUUUGAAGAAAUCUAUGGUGGAUACGAAUCUUCUACAGGAUGCAACUAGAAGGGAGAUAAUGAGUGAGAGGAAAUGA